GAGCUGAAUGGGAUGUACAGGACUUUGGUCUCACUUUCAAAACACUUUCGAGGACAUUUAAGACAUGAGUGGUGUCACAGAUUGGGCGGAGGAGGAGGAGGAGGAGGAAGAUGUGGCUCAGGAGGAGGUUCGAUCGCUCCCCCCCUGGUCGGAGGAGCGCUGUGAGGAGCUUUGGGAUCGAGUGGAGGGGGUUCGGCACAAACUGACCCGCAUCCUUCACCCUGCCAAACUCACCCCGUACCUGCGGCAGUGCAAAGUCAUCGACGAGCAGGACGAAGACGAGGUGCUCAACUCCACUCAGUACCCUCUGCGCAUCAGCAAGGCCGGCCGUUUGCUGGACAUCCUGCGAGGUCAGGGCCCACGAGGUCUCCAGGCCUUCAUGGAGUCGCUGGAGUUUUACCACCCGGACCAGUUCACCCAGCUGACCGGACAGCAGCCCACACAGAGAUGCUCCCUCAUACUGGAUGAGGAGGGUCCGGAGGGUCUGACCCAGUUUCUGCUCCUGGAGGUGCGUAAGCUGAGAGAACAGCUGAGGAACAGUCGGCUGUGUGAGCGCCGCCUCUCUCAACGCUGCCGCAUGGCGGAGGACGAGCGAAGCCGAGCCGAACGUAAAGCUCAGGAGCUGCGUCAGCACCGGCUGCAGCUGGAGAGGUUGCGUCAGGACUGGGAGUCGGCCUCUCGAGAGCUGGGGAAGCUGAAGGACCGGCACCUGGAGCAGGCAGUGAAGUACUCCAGAGCUCUGGAGGAGCAGGGCAAGGCCUCGAGCCGCGAGAGAGAACUGCUGGGGCAGGUGGAGGAGCUGAAGUCCAGGUUGACGGAGGCAGAGAAACAAACCACCGAUCCACCAGGGAAUAACACACUCUCCAAAAGAAACAGUUUGCUCUUCAAUGGACUAAAUGGUUCUCCCCCUGCUCUACCAGAGAAGCCGCUGCACCGCAUCGAAGUUCAGAAAUCGGAAAAUAAAGAGACCAGGAUGAGGGGCUCAGUUCCUGCCACUGGGGUCAGAGCUCUGAUGGACAUCCUGCAGCAGGACCGGCGGGAGGCUGCAGAGCAGAGGCAGGAGCUCUGUGACGUCAUCAGCAGACUGCAGGGGGAGCUGCAGGGCACCGAGGAGGACUGGGACAAGUUGGUGUCGCAGUGCGAGCAUCUGAAGCUGAAGGAGAGAACCCUGCAGCUGGACUGGGAGACGGAGCAGAAGAGGAGUUUAUCUUACUUCAACCAGAUCAUGGAGCUGGAGAAGGAGAGAGACCAGGCUCUGCGCAGUCGAGACAGCCUGCAGCUGGAGUUCACCGACUGUCUGCUGGAUAAGAACCGUCUGCGCAAACGCAUCGCAGAGCUGCAGGCCAACCUGGAGCAGCAGGAGAGAGAGCAGGAGAGAGAGAGGGAGAGGAGCCGGGAGCAGGUGGAGCAGAGCAGCCCCGGCCUGCACUGUUCCCACCUCUCCCUCUGCAGCGAGGACCACUGCUACGGCCCCUGCUGCUCCCUCGGCCUCGACCUCCGACCCCAGGCAAACAGCAGCCGCCUGCGCAAGACGCCCUCAAGUGGCCAAACCAAUGAAAACUCAGAGGGUUCCAGUUUCAACUCAGAGGAGAAUCUCUUGUCAUCGACAGAAGACGAAAAAGAGAUCAACCGUCUCUCCACGUUCCCCUUUCCUCCGUGUAUGAACUCCAUCAACCGGCGAUGCAACAUAGAGUUUGACUUGGAAUCGUGGGGCAGUGAUGAGAAUGAUAACAUUACAGGAGAGCCGAGUGAACCGUCUCUGUGGGAUUCCUGGAACUCCCUUCACUCUCACCUCUUCCCUCCGGACCUCGUCAACCUGCCGGCCGCCUCUCCACACCAACACAACCUCAGCGUUCCCAGGAUUCCCUCCCGCUCCCCGUCCUCCAGCCCCCCCGUCUCCCCGAGGAAGAGGAAAGCCGGUCUGGCGGACGACAUCACGAUCGUGGGAGGAAACCAGACGGGGAUCUUCGUCAGCCGCGUGAGAGCUGGCUCCCCCGCGGAGCUGUGUGGACUGAAGGAGGGCAGUGAGCUGCUGGAGCUGGAGCGGAUCUUGUUUGGGGGGGGCAGUGUCUCGCUGGGUCAGUGCACCGCUGAGGUCGCACACUUCUCUCUGCAGUGGUGGGCCGACCCUUCGUCUCUCAAACACCGGAUCAACACAGAGGGAUACUCCGAGCUGCGCUCCCAGCUCUCCUCGCCUUCUUUUAAAGGCGUCGACUCCUUCUACGUGCGGGUCAAUCUCAACAUGGAGCCUCACGGGGACCCUCCGUCUCUGGGUGUGUCCUGCGAUGAUAUUGUACACGUCAGAGACACAAGACACAAUGAGAAGUAUAAUUGGCACUGUUCCCUGGUGGAUCCACGCACAACCAAGGCCCUGCAGGCAGGAACCAUGCCCAACUACAACAGGGCACAACAGUUGUUACUUGUAAGGUUACGAAAAAUGGCGCUGGAGCAAAAAGACUUCAAGAGGAAGUUCCUGAGGAAAGCGCCCUGUCGUGUACGAUUAGUCAAGGCAGUGGAUCCCGCUGGCCGUGGGAAUGGUUCCACAAAGCAGGUCCUUUACACACUCAGCAAACGUCACGAGGAGCACUUGAUCCCGUACAGCUUGGUGCAGCCGGUGCAGGUUCAGACGAAGAGGCCGGUUAUCUUCUCCCCCUCUCUUCUCUCUCGGGGUCUCAUCGAGAGGCUGCUGCAACCUGCCGAGUCUGGUCUGAAGUUCAACACCUGCCCACCAGAACCUAUCCAGGCUUCAGAGAAACGAGACAAGAAAGUGUUCCUGUUGGAUUCCAGCAUUCCCGAGCAGGCUCUGGGAAUACGGCUGCAGUCGAUACAGGAAGUCAUCAGCCAGGACAAGCACUGUCUGCUGGAGCUGGGGCUGCACAGCGUUGAAGGCUUAUUGAGACAGGGGAUCUACCCCAUCGUCAUCCAUAUCCGCCCUAAGAACAAAAAGCACAAGACGCUGAGGAAGUUGUUCCCGCGGUGUGGGGAGGACAGCGUGAUGGAGGAGGUGUGCCAGGCGGAGGAGCUGCAGCUGGAGACCCUUCCUCUGCUCUACUUCAGCCUGGAGCCGAGCACCUGGAGCUGCACGGACGAGCUGCUGGCCGCCAUCUGCAACACCAUCCACAGCCAGCAGAGGGCGGUGGCCUGGAUCGAGCUGGAUAGACUGCAGUAGAGGAGAGAGAAAUCAGAAUGAGAAUACCUUUAUUAGUCCCACAGAAGGGACAUUUACAUUGUUCCAGCAGAAAAGAGCCAAAGACAGGAUAUGGAGAGGUGCAGGAAUGAGUCCUAAAACCUGGGAAUAAGUUAACAUGUUGACACUUCUGGCUCCCUCGUCGUGAAGUCAAUGUUUUUUUUAUUAGAUUCGUGAAAAAUAUCUGUAGUUUUUAAAAGUUUUUUUCUAUGACAUAAAACACAUCAGUAAAUACCCCAUUAGUGAAUUUUCUAACAAUUGUCUAAAUGAGACAGGUUUCUCUUAGACACUUAAACUAUGGUGUUGGAUCAUUCUGCUAUUCGAAGAUCAAUGUAUGUGUUGUCUCUGAGGAAGCCCCAUUUGUGCAUUCGUGCAACAUAUAUAUUUUUUUAAUAUUCAUCUAUAUAGCCGAGCUGGACUGGCUACAAUGUGAACAAAUGUAAAACAGAAACUUGACCAACACAAGAAAAGAACAUCAUUCAUAAUGCCCUUUCACUUGUUUCCAUUCAGACAGAUAACUACACUUAAAACGGUAUAAACCUGCAAACUUUAGGAGGAAUGCUCAAGGGGUCACACAAGAUGCCCACUGUUUGGGCAUUUGAGGACAUGGGGGGGGGGGACGGACAUAUUACAUUACAUUGCAUUUAGCUGACGCUUUUAUCCAAAGCGACUUACAAUAAGUGCAUUCGACAAACUUGAAGAAAACAGAAUCAUAAAAGUACAUCAGGUUUCA